AUGUCCUCGGCAACUAUUCAACAGCGGACAUCAUCAUUAUUUGUUGAUCUGCUCUAUUUCCAAAGAACUUCAAAUUUCAAAAAAGUGCUUGGUCGUGAUGAAAUACGACAAAAGAAACUUGCUAGGCAGAAAUUUGUUUCAGGAUGUGCUCGAAAAGAACAAUCGGUGCAGAAGCGUGGUGGAAUGGAGAAAAUGCACAAAGAUAUGGCGGAUAUUGAUCAUAAAGAAGAACUAAAAGAGUGUUUGAGGAUGGCAAAUGAGGAAUAUGCAUACGCAUUACAAGCGAUUGAUGAGGAUAAGAGCAUACCGGUACGGAAAAUUGACGUGAAAGAUGAUCUGAAGGCUAAAUCCACAGAACAUCAGUCAGACACUACCAUGAAAGACUGUGAUAUGGAUAAUGGGCUGUUCAGUGAUGAUUGGGAUACGGAAGACGAGCUGGAAAUCAUUGCCCAAUUGGACGGUAAAGAAGAUAGAUAUAAACUAUCAGAAUCAGAAUUGUACCAGCAAGAGCUUGAAGAACUUGAAAGAAUGGAACAACUAGAGUUAGAGUUGCUAACCAAUAAUUUGUCAAUUAAUGAUGAUUGA